UAGACAAUGAGAAAAAGCCAAGAGGGGAGAGCACUUAGACAAUUCACUUUGAGUACAGGGAAGUCUGCUGGUAGGAAUUCUUCAGGGCGUAUUACGGUUUUUCACCGAGGGGGUGGAUCGAAGCGAUUACAGCGAAGAAUUGAUCUGAAACGAAGCACUUCGUCUAUGGGCAUUGUAGAAAGGAUAGAAUAUGACCCUAAUCGUUCUUCUCGGAUCGCUCCAGUACGAUGGAUCGAGGGGGUGCAGCUACAGCUACGCCGCCAGAGGAAAUGCAACACGAUAGAGGUACGGAGUGGCUCGACCGAUAGGGAGAGGAAUGAAGCUCCGCCGCGUAAGAUCCUCGAACCUACCACGACCACCAUCCGCGGCCUAUUUUCGUGCUCUUCCCUGCCCGGGAAGGUGGAUCAAAGAAAGGUAGCUUGCUUCUCUCCUGGACUGAUGGCGGCUUAUGUAGUGGUCGGCCUUCCUACCAGAAUGCCUCCUUGGUUGAAGAGUAAGGGCGCAGGAAGCAAAAAAACUUGCGCGAAGGACGUUUUCUUCUCUGCCUUCUCCUCUCCAAAGGCCAAGGGAGAGACUGCAUCCCUUUCUUUCGGUAGCUCUUUUGCUUUCCCAAGGAUAGCGGUAGCUGGGGCAAAGCCCGCUUUCUUCGCUCAAGAUCAAAAAAGGGGAAAAAACAAUAGUGUGGCUAGAAGCAGAUUUUCCUUUUGUUGUAGGGCUACUUUAUCCUUUAUUUUACCGAUUUGUUUGGGGGGAAUGUGCUAUUUGUUGGGGUGUAUGAUCCUGAGUUGGAUGGAACCGUUUCAGACGGUCUUUUGGAGGCUAGGCCUAAAUCUGGGGGCUCGAGCCCUCUCCUUUGCUUUAUGGAAAUUUGGCCUCGCGGGGGGACUUGCCUGGUCCAUAGGUUUUGGGGCAAGGGUCCUCAUUACGGAGGUUGAAGUCUCGGAAAUAUUGGGUCCUCUUCGCAUGAUGCCCACAGGGUCAGAUUCGGGGGCUAAUAGUGAGUCGGGCAGUUGGAAAAAGUACCUCAACCUGUCGUCAGAUUCUGAAGGUCAGGGUCAGGGUCCGGAACAUAGCGAAGCCGAGCCCGCUUCUAGAAAAAGAGGGAGCACAGAUCCCAGAGAGGACGUCGGGCCUUCCUCGGUUGGACCCUCCGAUCCUUACCGCUCCCCAGGGGAGAGGACCCCCCCCAUGGGCCAGCCCCCUAUUCAAGAGACGGCUGGUCAACAGGCCGCUCUUGAAUCUGUUGCCGAAAUUUUGGAGAACCACCAAAGAAUUUCGGAGCGCAUCCUUGACCUGUUCAGGGACCUGCGCACCCGUGUUCCAGGGGGCUUCCAGGCAGAGAGGCUCACCGAGAUGCUAGAGGAAAGGCACGGAGGGGAAAAGAUGGGUGAAAUCCUCCGGAGUCUACAAACUGAAGGAAACAAUAGCCCCUACUUUCGGGAAGUCCAAACGGACUUCUUUAACUUUCGCCAAUCUAAAGUUACUGAAAUGGUACUCCGACGCGAGUGGCAAGGUAAGAAGUAGUGGGGGGAUU